AUGCAAAUAUUUUUAUUAACCCUAUUUUUAUUCACUUUUAUUUUCUUUUUAAAUGCUCUUUAACACUAAUGCUAUCAUGAUAAACUGAAAAAAGUCUCAUAAUACCACUCAAUUCCCCCUGAUGAUGAAUUUUUAGAUGUUCGUAACUUACAAAAAAAAAAAACCCGUAAUAUGGUAAUAAGCUACGAUAUGCCUAAAUAAAAUCUAUCAACUAAUAAAGGUUCUACUUAAGAGUAGUAAAAGCUGUUAUUCUCUAUCUGCGAGAAAGCUUUAAAAUUAGCAAUUGACUAUUUUAAUCGUUUAAUAAAAAUAGUUCCUAAAUCCGAAUAAAAUAUGAGAUAUAAAUCUACCAGUUAUUAAAAAUGUGGAGGUAUUAAAAUUCCUCAAAAUGACAAAGGGAAAAGACUCUGA